UACAAUAAUGGGUGGUGACAAUAACAAGGACAUUAUUCGUGGAGGAAAUCGUGGAGGAAAAGACCAAUUCAAAUGGGACGAUGUCCGCCUCAUGACUUAUAAAGAUAGAGAACAAUACCUUGGAAUUUCCGAAGAAAUCGGUAUCCUUGAUAAAGGUGGCAAGUGGAAGAAGCAUGACUGGUGGAAAAGAGACAGGGGAGAUGACUCAGAAGAUGCCUAUGAACUCAUGCUUGAAAAAUAAGUUCAUUAAAGCACAAGAAGAAGCUAUAAUGAGACGUAAUUUAGGCAUGCCUCCGAAGCCAGGAGAUAAAGAAAUCCUCGAGGCUAAAGAUAACGGCAAUGAACUUGAAAAGUACGAAAUGAAGGAGCUCCUACGUAAAGGAGGGAGAGAUGACGAGCAAGAAGAGGAUAUAAUAGGGGAUGCUGAUAAGAUUGGAGGAGUAGGGUUCUCUCAAUACUCCUCAGCAUAUCAUAACCCAACAAAGACUGAUGCUUCCCUUACUAAGUUAGAAGGAGUGGGAAUUGAAGAUUAUAAGAGAAUGAUCAAAAUGAGCAAAAAGGAGAAAAAGAAAACCAACUCUGAGAGGAGCUCUGGUAGAGACAAGCACAGUAAGAAGCAUAGGAAAAGAAGAAGAAGAGAAGAAAAUGAAUAGAGGGUUCAAAUAUUUGGUGCUAUUUUAAGACUUCAAUAU